GAGAAGAGAAAAAGGCAAAGGUGGAAGAACUGUUCCCAUGGGCCCCAAGCUGAAGAUGGAACCUUAUCUCCAAACCGAGAAAUACCAGACGAUGUCGUUUUAUGUUAGUUGAGCAGUACUAAAUGAUGCCCUGAUUGUGAUAGAGAUAUGAGAUUAUAUUGUUCGUUAUAAUUUCACAAGAAAUCUGUACAUUUUUUUUCCACCAGAAAUCAACAGACAUCCGAAAAAAGUCAUCUAUAAUAAAUAAUUGUGAUGGCUUUGAACUUGAAGCAGGCAUCUAUAUUCCCAAUUCAUGUUGCUAGUGUAACUGGAUCCAGGAGGAAAGGAGUGCAAAAGGUGAUGAUGAUGAUGAGUGGAUCAGCAGGAGUACCAAAGUAUAAGGGGACGCAGAUGAGAGAAAAACAGCUGACGGAAAUGAUAGAGAAGAAAGUGAAGGAAGCUAAGGAGGUAUGCAGUGAAGACGCCAGAUCGGACGAGUGCAAGGUGGCAUGGGAUGAGGUGGAAGAAGUUAGCUAGGCUAAGGUGCAUUUGCGCAUCAAGCUUCAGCUUAAUCAAGAUCCCCUUGAACCUUACUGUCAAAAUAACCCUGACGCCGACGAGUGCCGCACCUAUGACCAUUAAUUAAUUAAUUAUUAGGAUUUCACUCUUGUUGUACUUGGACUUGUCUACUGUAUUUCUCUCCAAUUUAGUAUGAUUACAGUUAAUUACUAGUACAAAACCCUCCAUCUGCUUUUCAGGUUUGUUAUAUUAGUGUAUCUUCACUGCUUUAUGAAGCAUUUGUUAGGUAAGUUCAAA